AUGCCUCGCAGGAAUAGUAAUGCACCAUCGCAACCUGUUGUUGCUACCAUUGAUAUAGGAACAACGUCCGCCAGAGCUAUUUUGUUUAGUCAGGAUGGGCAUGAGCUUGCGAAGCACCAAAUUGAAUAUUCUACGUCGGCAUCUGAGGCACCUGCGGAGUCUCAAAAUAAGGAACAGUUUAGAAGAAGAUCAUCCUUGAUGAGACAUGAUGAACCGAUUUUCACGGCGGAGGGUAUUGCAAUAUCUAUAGAGGAUAAUAUAGCUAUUGAAAAUAAUGCUGCUAGCGUCGGACCCACCUUAAGGUUUCCACAGCCAGGUUGGGUUGAAUGUAUGCCUGUUCAUAUAUUGGCUAAUGCAGUUCAGUGCUUAGUUGCUUGUUUGAUAACGUUACGAAAGAUUAACCAAAAUCCAACUUUAAGUGUGAAAUAUAAAAUUAAGGCAAUUGGUAUUGCAAAUAUGAGAGAAACCACAAUAUUAUGGUCCAGGAAAACCGGUAAACCUUUAAGUAACGGUAUUACGUGGACUGACACUAGGACUGCGGAAAUCGUUCAGCAUCUUGAAAAGAUGACGGAUGACGAUAGAAAAGAAGAAUUGAAGCAAAAGACCGGGUUACCAUUAUCAACAUAUUUUUCAGCUGCGAAAUUACGUUGGUUAUUAGAUAAUGACGAUACGAUUAGAGAAGAGUACGAAAAAGCUGACGGUAAUUUAAUGUUUGGAACAGUUGAUACUUGGUUGAUAUACCAUUUGACGAAAGAAAAAGCUUAUGUUUCUGAUGUUACGAAUGCUUCGAGAACCUAUUUCAUGGACUUAGAUACAAAAGACUAUGACGAUGAUUUAUUAGAUUUCUGGGGAAUUGAUCCUACUAAAAUUAGAUUGCCAAAAAUUGUCUCAAGUUCGGAGUUUUACGGAUCGUUCGCGGCUCCUAAUUUACUGAACUUAGGCUUUCAUAACAAAAUAACCCCCGAAGCAUAUGAAAUCUUGAAAACUAUUAACAAUAUACCAAUAUGUGGCUGUUUGGGAGAUCAAUCUGCCUCUUUGGUGGGUCAGUUAGCAUUAAAGCCCGGGUCUGCAAAGUGUACUUAUGGUACUGGUUGCUUCCUUUUAUACAACACUGGUACCAGGAAAUUGAUAUCUGAGCAUGGUGCAUUGACGACAAUCGGUUUUUGGUUCCCAAGCUUGGAAGGUACUUCUUCGGAACCUCAUUACGCUUUAGAAGGUUCUAUCGCAGUUGCCGGAUCUAUCAUUCAGUGGUUGAGGGAUAACUUAAAGUUGAUUGAAGAAGCUAAAGACAUUGGACCUUUAGCUUCUCAAGUGUCCAACAGUGGAGGGGUUGUGUUCAUCCCUGCCUUUUCUGGCCUUUAUGCACCUUACUGGGAUGGUGGUGCAAGAGGAACCAUAUUUGGCAUGACUCAAUAUACUUCAUCUGGUCAUAUAGCAAGAGCAGCUUUAGAAGGUGUUUGUUUUCAAGUCAGAGCUAUUUUGCGUGCUAUGGCGAAUGAUGCUGGGACGAGUGAGGACUUUUUAGAAGAGGCGAUGAAUGGAGAAAACGAGAAAAAACCUUUGAGCUCUUUAGCUGUCGAUGGUGGUAUGUCGAAAGCAGAUGAAGUUUUACAAAUUCAAGCAGAUAUCUUAGGUCCAUGUGUAACUGUUAAAAGAGCAACUAUAUCUGAAUGUACGGCACUAGGUGCUGCUCUUGCAGCAGGUCUUUCAUUUAAAGAUGAGAAAGAUAGAGUAUGGAAAGACUUUGAGGAUAUAAAUAACAAGUUUAGCGUUGGAAAAGCUGGCGACAAUUUGUUUCAUGCUGAGUUGCCUGACAAGGAUAGAAGGUACAACUGGAAGAGAUGGGAAAAGGCGAUUGAAAGAGCCAAGGGUUGGUUGGAUGACUAG